AUGAAUAAAGAGGAACUCAAUGCUUGCCUAAAAAGUUUUUAUACAUCCGCAAGAAAACAAGAUGGUCAAUUUUACAAGUCAUCUUCCUUGAAGGCAAUUCGUGCAGCCAUUGACAGGUACCUUCGCAUGCCUCCACACUCCAAACAGUUUUCUAUCGUUGCCGACCCUGCUUUUACCGAAGCAAACAAGAUCUUAGACGCAUUUGUCAAGGACCGAAGAAAAUCUGGAAAAAUUAGUGGUAUUGUGCAUAAAAAGGCCAUCUAGAAACAGCAAGUUGAGAAGCUCUUCCAAAGCGGUGAACUUGGUCCGGCAGACACCAAAGAUCCAGCACAGCUUCAAAGAACAGCGUGGUUCUACCUUGGCAUAUACUUCGGAAGACGUGGCAGAGAAAACCAGCGAGAUAUGAAACCUGCUAUGCUUGCCCUCAGAGCCACUCCACAAGGAGAAGAGUAUUUUGAGCUCAACAGAGAGUUUCCAGGGUCGUUGCCAGUGACGAAAAACCAUCAAGGUGGCCUUUCCGAUGCCGAAGAUGAGUCGGACGCGAAAAUAUUUGCUUCGCCAGAAUCUGCCAAAUGCCCGGUGAAAACCAUAAAAAAUUACUUGUCUCACUUGAAUCCUAAGUUAGAUUGCCUUUUUCAGCGUCCACGGGAAAAAGCAAGAAGCUUUAAUCCUGACGAAGAUAAAGUGUGGUACUGCAAUUCGCCACUUGGAGUCAACAGUCUAGAUUCGACGUUGAAGUUAAUGAGCUCUCGAGCAGGGAUCCAGCCUCACCUCACGAAUAAUUGCCUCAGGGCAACUUCGGUGACGUCUGUGAGACGAGGCACAUUAAAUCAGUCACCGGCCACAAGUCCGACCAUUCAAUCGAAAGUUAUAACGAUCGACCUUCCCUCGACCAGCAAAAGAAGAUGUCGGAAGCGCUCAGCUCCUUCCUUCAUG